AUGCAGAGCGAAGCCAAAACGAACAAUCAAACUAAACCACUCUCAAAACAACUCAUUGAACAAAUCAACACUGCUGUUCCUCUUGAAGGAAAGGGCACCCAAUUGUUGUUGAAAACUAAAGAGAUUGCAAGCGCGACUCAGAUUGAAAUUUUGAGAGAAAAGGAGGAACAUAAAGUUCGUGACUCGGAGGAACAAAAGAUUUUGAAAAAUUACGAAGAAAUUCAACUUGAUAUAACUAACGCCGAAAAGCAAAGUAACGAAAUUGUUUCAAAGCACACCACCCUUCAAAAACAGGAACUCGAACUCAAAAAUGAAGUGUCACAAUCAGAACAAAACCUCAAAGCACUCAAAACCACAAUCGACUCGAAACAAGCAACAGUAGAUACUCAAAAAAAACACCAAGAAAAAAUGAAAGAACUCCAACAACAAGUCGAAGUGUGUUCAAAAGAGUUAAGAGAGGCAAACAUUGAGAGAACAAAUGCUGAUAAGGCUACAAUGGAACUGAAUCGAACAAAAGAUUUGAAGAAGGAUAUUGCUCUGUUACGGAAUUCAUUCGACCAAAAAAAGAAAGAGAGGGAGACCGUCGAAAGACAAAUAACUGGGUUGUUUGAAAGUCUUGCAAAGGCACAAGAAGAACACAAGAAAGAAAAAGAGGACACGGAGAUUAAACUUAAAAUUAAACGUAACAGACUUACUGAGCUCGAAAUGAUGGAAAAGUCUCUCAUUACCAAAGAGUCUGAAAUUCAACAGAGAACAAUUAUUGCUCAACAAGACGAAGAAAUUCUGUUUUAG